AUGGCGGGCGUGGGGCGGAACAUGGUGGCGCCACUGCUGGUCCUGAACCUGAUCAUGUACCUCAUCGUCAUCGGCUUUGCGAGCUGGAACCUGAACCACUUCAUCAACGGCACCACCAACUACCCAGGAGUCGCCGGUAACGGCGCCACCUUCUACUUCCUCGUCUUUGCCAUCCUGGCCGGCGUGGUGGGCGCCGCCUCCAAGCUCGCCGGCGUACACCACGUGCGCGCCUGGCACGGAGGCAGCCUCGCCAACACCGCCGCGUCGGCGCUGGUGGCGUGGGCCAUCACGGCGCUGGCCUUCGGGCUGGCGUGCAAGGAGAUCCACAUCGGCGGCUACCGUGGGUGGCGGCUGCGCGUGCUGGAGGCGUUCGUGAUUAUCUUGAUGUUCACCCAGCUGCUGUACGUGAUGAUGCUGCAUAUGGGCUUGUUCGGGAACCAGUUCGGUGCUGGUUCCGGCGGCUAUGGCGCCGGAGACCACGGGUAUGGCGCCGGAGACCACCAUAACAAGGGCAUGGGCAUGGGCACCGGCGCCGCCGCCACGAGGGUCUGA